CUUCUUUUAUGAAUUUUCAAAAAUGCACACGACCUCAUUUCUACUUAUCGUUUAUUUAUUAAAUCACGCGGUAGAAUUGUGAAGAUUAAAAGAUUUAAGUUAACGAAAUAACUGUUAAGGAAAGUUAUACAAUGGAGGCGGAAGCAUGCACCAAUCAGCCGAAGGCAAUCUUACAAUUCCUUGCUCAACAAGUACAGGAACAGUCAGAGUUGUGUGCUAUUACAGUGAAAAAGGGGCAUUGGGAGAAGAAGUUUCACCGAUGCAUACUUGCUGCUAGUCCAUUCUUUAAACGUGCUAUAAUGGGAAUUUUUUUAGAGAAAAAGACAGGCGUAGUGGAGAUACGAAUUGACGUCACAGCAAAAGAAAUUGAGACGGCACUUUUGUUUCUUUACGGCAGAACACCUACUAUUAACGUUGACAAUGUGGGAGGUCUUCUGGAGCUGGCUGAAUUUUUUAUGAUAAAAGGUCUUAAAUACGAAUGCAUCGUCUGGUUUCGUGCUAUGAAAAUAAACAUAGACACUUGUGUAGGUGUGCUUCAGUUAUCAAAUAAGUACAAUUUUGAAGUGAAAGAGUGCACCGAUUUCAUCGAAAGCCACUUAUCGGCGGUGCUUCAGCAUGACACUGCAACUCGACUUACAGAAGAUUUGAUGGAGCGCUUUUUCUCGGAUGAACGGCUUUCGUAUGUUACUAUGGAUGAAAAGUUCAGAUUUCUACUGCAGUGGAUAUGUAAGCACCCUUCAGUGACAAGAGAAAAUAUAGCAAUUCUGUUUGAAUCAAUUAAUGUGCAGGAAGUAACACAGUCUACUUGGGAAACGGCCAGACUGAAUCCUAUAUUCUGUGAGAUAUUAAUUUCAAGCAAUGUGGUACGUUUGGCCGGGUUUUACCGGGUUGCUAUGAUCACGCCGAGCAAAAAAGGCUCAUUUUGCCUAGACUUACAGCAAAAUGAGUGGUACAGGUUAAAGUCAAAUAUAUAUGACAGUAAUCACCUUUUCAAAGACUUUCCUGUAAUAUGUAGAAAUCGUACUGAAAUAUAUUUCACAAGAAGUACACACAAUCCCGUGUCGUCUAAAGUACUACUAACAACUUUGAACUUUGAAAGCGAACAAAUGAACGUUUACGAAGUUGCUUUGAAAGGGGAAAACACAACGAAUACAGGAACUACAGAAAUAUGUGUAACAUUAAUGGAGGACAAAGUGGUUGCUAACAUGUGUAAAAAUGUUUCGGUAACUCGCAGCAGCAAUGUUUCGGUAACUCGCAGCAUCAUUCAGAGGAGAUCUAGAUGGCAUCGCACACAUUAUUGGAAAGACAUUCCAUCUACAGAUGAUACAUAUAAUACUUCAGUUUUAUACAUUGGGCAUUUAUUAGACGGAUUGAUAGAACUGACACCAAUAUUUUCGUUUUUGAAUGAAACUAUAGAAAAAACAUGUUCAAACGGACUUUCUUCUAUCGUUUUACUACCACACUUUUUAAAAAGUUAUGUGUUUCUCUUCGACCUUUUAGAUUACAAACUCGAAAAAUUGGAAUUAUCAUCAGAAAAAAGAACAAUGCAUGACAAAAUGGUCCAGACCGAUGGUGGAUUCCUUAUCUAUAACGAUAAGCGAUGUUUCUGCCUUACAAGACUAUCUGGUCCUUCCCUGUCUAAGAAAUAUCAUGUGGAAGAACAUGAGUUUGAGAAUAAUACAAGUGAGAGUGUGCGUUACCAUUAUAGCUGCGGGUUUUGGAUAAGAUCACGUCGCGUUAAACCUAUAAGAGGAUGUUUUGUUUACUCGUAUACAUUUUUUGUUGGGACGCACAAUGCUCUCUCUUUCCCGGGUUCGCGCGUUUUGUUUUUAUACUUGAAAGAAUAG